GGGAGAGGGUGGGAAGCAGAACGCCGGCCCUUCUCUCAGCCACGUCCCUCUUCCCUUCUCUGUCCCACCAUGUUGGAGAAGCUCAGCGCCGACAGCCGGUGCGAACAGACGGGCAGCGAGAAACAGGAUACGCAGGAGAAGGAAGCAGUUGUUGAGAGAGCAGAAGAAGCAAAACUAAAGGCCAACUAUCCUAAUUUAGGACAGAAGCCAGGAGGGUCAGACUUCCUAAUGAAAAGACUGCAGAAAGGGCAAAAGUAUUUUGACUCGGGUGACUACAGUAUGGCCAAGGCAAAGAUGAAGAACAAGCAGUUGCCAGGCACCGGGCCUGACAUUAACUUGGUGACAGGAGACCAUAUCCCGACACCACAAGAUCUUCCACCGAGAAAAUCAUCACUUGUAACCAGCAAGCUGGCAGGGUAA